AUGCCUGGGGACUCCCAGUCGCUGUGGGAACUGGUGGAAGAGCACAUUCCGCUCCCAGAGUGGCCCGAAGUGAAGAGGAUUCUAGGGGAGACGACAGCGGAUCUGAGCCUGGAGUUACGGGCAGAGGUAGUAAUGUUACGAUCAUUGCUCCAAGAGGCUCGAUCUAUCCAAGCCUCUGGAUCACACCCCACCUCUGACCUCUCCUCCCUUCUGGCACCACCGCCCCUCUUAAGAGAUCUUGUGCGCCAGGAACUGUGGCAGCUACUCCAAGGUCUCCGCCGGAAGGCCAUCUGUGAGGGCAGGGACCAGACCCACAUUUGGGUCCACUAUAGCCCCAGGGUCCUGCACUUUGCCUUGGAGGAGCCCAGGCCUGAUUUGCCAGAACAGGAGAUGUUCCAGAGGAGAGCUGGUGAACCCAGCAGCUGUCACCAGGACCUCAGCAUCAUCAAGGACCAGCUGAAUGUGUCCCACAUUGACCAGCCUUUUGACCACGUGCAGGCCCUCCUGGAGGAAGAGUGCCAUGCUCUGGAGAGGGAGAUUCCCAUCCUGCAGCUAAAGGAAGAGAAGGCAGCCAGGCAACAGGAGCUGCAGGCACCCCUGAGUCCUUCCUGUGUCUCCCCCAGCCACAGGCAUCCCCCCAAAGGCCUGGCAGGAGGAGGUCUUGUCCCAGCCCUGACUCAUGUCCCGCUGGAGGACCCAGACAAAACACAGCAGCAGCUCAGAGACAGGAAUAGAAAUUUCAUUAAAAUCUGUGGACUUUAA